AUUAAUUACGUAUAUUUUUAAGAGUCUUUGACAUUUUAGGAAAACUGCUAAGUACCUCUUUGCCAUGUCUGAAAUCAGACUUUUGCGGUCAUACUUUACAGUAUAUGCCUCUGUUUUGAACUAUGAUGUUAAUGUCAAAAUUUAAAGAGUGGAGUGUGGUGUAGCAGUGGUUUGGUUAGUAGUGGUAUGGCAUCAUAAAUGGCUUCUAAUAACAUACACAAUGUACCGCAGAAAAGUUUAUGUAAGGCACAGAUACAGAAGAUGACACCAGAAGAAUUUAUGAAUCAGAAGAGCCAGAUACUAGAUGGAGUUGAUUUGAGUCGUAAAGGUUGCAUUGAUGAUCCUAUUAAAGGUUUAGUACAAUUUAUCAAUGAAGAAAGUGAUUUUGUUACCACAAGUUCGUGUUCAGGAAGAGUUGUUCUGUUCUGUGAGGAUGUGACAAAUGGAAAUCAUAAGAAGGGCUGCAAAUGGUUAUUUACCAGUCAUGAAAAUAUCAAGGAUGAUGAUUUAUGGAACAGUAUAGAUCCAAAGGAAGGAAAUAAUAUUCUUAAGUAUGAACCACUUAUUCUCCAUGUACAGUGUAGUACACUGGAAAGUGCGAAGUUAAUGCAUACGUGUGCAUUAGAAUCAGGAUUCCGUAAUUCAGGGAUCACACUGGGAAAACGUGGUAAAGUUAUUUUAGCAGUAAGGAGUUGUGUUGGUUUGGAAGUGCCAUUGACUGAAGAUGGGAUUGUGUUGGUUUCAAAAGAGUACCUGGAAUUUCUCACAAAGAAAGCAAAUGAAAAAAUUGAAGAAAAUAAAUUGAGAACUGAGAGAUUCUUCUGUAAUCUCAGUAUCAUAUUAGGAAGCAGAUAACAGGAUAUUUAUAUGACAUGAAAAAAGUUAGUACACUAUUAUAUAAGUGUUAUUUAAUUGUCCUGUUUAUUGUACAUGCACUGAUACAUGCAAAGUUACUUUAAUUAUAUUAUAAAACUACA